AUGGCUGAAAUCCCGACCACAAUGUUCGCAUGGAGGAAGCACAGGGGGAAUCCCGAACCGCUAUGGGAGGAGGUUCCAUUGCCCGAGCUAUCCCCGACAGGCGUCCUAGUCAAGAUGCUGGCGACCGGAGUCUGUCGAAGUGACCACUCUCUCCUUACCCGGGAGAUCCAGCCGGCAUGGUUCCAGGAAAGCUUCACACUGGUCAGGGAACCAGGCCAUGAGGGAUGCGGCCGGAUCGUGCAGAUGGGCAAAGACAUCAAGGAAGCCAAGGUCAAAGUAGGAGAUAUCGUCGCCCUACAUGCAGUUCCAGGAUGUGGAGCAGACGACUGCCCCGAGUGCUCGCGCGACCUUUCCCAGAUCUGCGAGGCGGGACAUCACUCGGGCAUCGGCCAGGACGGCUUCUAUGCACCGUAUGCGCACAUCGACAUCCGAGGCGUGGUACCUGUGCCAAAAGGAGUGUCGCCCGCGCAGGCCGCCGUGGCCACCGACGCCGUCAACACGGCCUUCCACGCCAUCACGCGCCGGGCCGAGGUCCAGCCGCACGAGACCGUCUUCCUCUUCGGCCUGGGCGGGCUGGGCUUCAACGCGCUGCAGGUCGCGCGGCACAUUGGCGCCCGCGUCCUCGUCAGGGACGUCAAGCAGUCGCGGCUGGACGACGCGCGGGACAUUGGCGUGCCGGCCGAGGACGUUGCGCCGCUUGACGUGACCGUGGAUGACUUUGUCGCCAGCCGCGGGCUGCACAUCGACACGGUUUUGGACUUCGUCGGCGCUCAUGAUACCUUUGAGGCGGCCCAGAGGAUCGUGCGCAGGGGUGGCAAGAUUCUCUGCGUCGGCAGCUUGGACACUGAGAAUACGCUUCACAUGAAGAUUGGGACGAGGAAGAGGCUCUCAUUUAUCUUUUCGUACGGUGGGCAGGUCCAGGACCUGGAGAAAGUCUUGGAUUUGGUGGCCAAGGGGGUGAUCCGCCCACACGUCCAAGAAAAGCGGUUGGAGGAUUUCCCAGACGUCUUGAGGGAUCUUGAGGCGGGAAAAAUUGAUGGAAGGGUAGCCCUGAUGCAGGACGAGUGA